AUGAAUACAAAAGAGGCCCCGGGGCAAGUCAAAGUCUUGCUCUUUGGGCUCGGUGCGUGAGUUGCAAUAUCCACGUUGUAUUCAAAAGACAGACAACUGACGCCUCGUAGCAUCGGUGGCUUCUACGCCUUCAUCCUCGCACAGAACCCCAACGUCUCACUCUCCGUAAUCGCCAGAUCAAACUACGAAGCCGUCAAGCAAAACGUAACCCCUUCCACAUCUCCAUCAAGCCUUACAACAUGGAUGCUGAACUGAGCAACCAUCAUAGGGUCUGCAACUCAUCUCCCAAACCCACGGAACCCAUCAAGUCCGCAUCGACCACGGUACAUCCCCACUCUCCCUCUCCCUCUCCCUCUCCCUCGCCUCGCCCUCAAUCCCCUCACCCUCACUAAAAAAACCCCCUUUCCUUGUCAACAACAGUCUUCCAAUCCCCUUCCGAAUCGCCCUACAAAUACGACUACAUCGUCCUCGCCCACAAAGCCAUAAACGCCACCCGCAUCCCCCCGCUCUUCCCCCCAUCCGUCACGAAAGCCACCACAACCUUCGUCAUCAUCCAAAACGGAAUCGGCAACGAACGCCCCUACCGCGACACUUUCCCCCACCACACCAUCAUCUCCUGCGUCACCUGGACCGGAGCAGUCCAGACCUCCCCGGGCGUAGUAACCCACAAAGCAACCGAGGACCUGCAAAUCGGCCUCUUUCCCAAUCCCUCCCUUACACCGGAAACGGAAGACAGGAAGCUGGAUUUCUUCGCGGAGCUUUUGAGAACCGGCGGAGCGACUUUCAACGUGGAAAGAGAUAUCCAGAUCCAGCGCUGGGAGAAGGUCGUCUGGAAUGCCGCGUGGAAUCCCCUCACCACCCUCACCGGAGUCUCCGUGCAGACAUACCUGAAAUCCUCCCCGGGAGCUCUGCGGACGGCUCGAGCUUUGAUGGGGGAACUGGUGCAGAUAGCGCGGAAAUGCAACGUUCCUCUGCGUGAGGGGUUGGUGGAAGAAUUGAUUGCGAAGGUCCUGGCAAUGCCGCAGGAGGUUUAUAGUAGCAUGUAUGUGGAUGCGAAAGAGGGGAGGCAGUUGGAGACGGAGGUUAUAGUCGGGGUACCGAUGCAGAAAGCGCAGGAAUUGGGGCUGCAAGCGGAAGUGCCGGUUUUGAGGACGGUUUGCUCGUUGAUUACGGCCGUGGAUCAGAGAUUAGCAUUAUCACAGUCACGAUGA